AUGACCAGCCACACUUGGCUGCCCCUCUUCCUAGCCAGCUUAACGCUGGCUUCUGCCACCCUCAGUGGACUAGAGCGAUUCAAACGUCAAGCAGAUCAGCCAAAAUCUCAAUUCAAUGGUCCAUCGUUCGACAGCUUUGGCAAUGAUCCAUUAGCACCGAAAGAUUCACUAGACAAAGUGACCACCUUUGCCAACAAUGUCAUGGAGAAGAUGGGCAUCACGUGGGGUGGAGAAGAUCGUGAGGUUCGUCGACGUGAACCACCACUGCCUUCUUCAUUGUAUCAAUCUGACGACCUUAAUAGUAUCGUUGAGUCCGCUGGUCAAGAAAGAAUCGACCUUCAAGGUCUGGCUUCUGGCCAAAUCCCUGGCCUAGCCCCAAUCCCAGUCCCCGGCUUCCCAGGCGAAAGCGACAACCCAACCGUGCCUGGCGUGAAUACUAUUCCUGGACUAAGAAACUUUAAUUAUUUGGUUGGACAACUGAUUCCUCAAAUGAUCCCACCUACCAACACACUGUUGGGAUCAUCGAUUAGUCGAUUGUUACCUAAAGAUACCACCAAGAACUUGGCCAAGAAUGUGUUCAGAGCUGUACAUCCAGCUGCUGAGAACGUUGAUGUGGCUAGGAUGAUGGGACGAUGGUUUCAAGUUAUUACUUCUCCACAUGUUAUCAGGGAGGCUUGCACCGUGUCACAUUGUAAGUUAUAUUUGACAACGGCAAGAGAUAAUUUUCAAUUUUUCGAAUUCUGUAAAGAAAGUUCCUGCCUUUUUCGUUUUGUAAAGAAAGUUAUAGCCAUUUUUUAUAAAAGUUUUGGCGCUUUUGACUACGUAUUUGCACGUUGAAAUGCGACAAGACUUUUCUUAUAUAUUAAAAAUACAAAAAAUGGCAAGAACUUUCUUUACAAAACAUAAAAUGGCAAGAACGUUUUUUACAAGGCCAAAACCGGCAGGAACUUUCUUUACAAAAAAAAUUUCAAAUUAAAAAAUUUGUAAAAUAAGUAAUGUGAAAACCGCUAUUAAAAUGUUUAAAAAUUUAAAAUCAACAUCGUUUCAGUCGGUGCCCUGACCAACAACACCUACAGCGCCACCUUCACCAUCCUCAAGUUUUACCGCGAAGGCAAUCCCAACGGACCGCCACGCUUCUCACUUGGCUAUGGAUUCAAGGCCGGAGACACUGGCCAGUUCUUGUUGCACAGCAGCAACUCUCCAGAUGCUGAGCCUUGUAAGUUAUUUUAAAAUUUCAAUUUUUUUAGUUUAAAAUAGAAAAAAGGUAAUUGAAAUUAGUUUAAAAAGGUAAAAUACGGGAUUGAUCUCUUUUCCUAUGCUAUUAUAUAAAAAAUUUUUAAAAAAAUAGCCAAAAACAACAAAAUUUGAUUCCGCAGCCUGCGGGUGACAUGUUAUACGACGACUCACCUUAAAAUCCUAAUUCCAAUAAAUUUCAGUCUGGGUGAUCAAGCUAGGUCCAUUGAAUGAAUACAAACAAUAUGAUUAUGCUGUCGUGUCCAAUUGGGUACGAUUCCCAGUGUUCGUGAUUGCCCGUGACCCAGAACGUUUCCAACGUGAACACAUGAAGGGCGUACUUCAGUUCCUGGAAGAUAACAGUAAGUUAACAGUGCAAAGUCUGGCCUAAAUUAUUUUUAGUUUACAUGGCCUUAAAUUUCAUUUUUAAGCUUAAAUUUGAUUUUUGAAUUUAAAAUUUUUUUCUUUUAAAAAUACCUUAAAAAAGACCAAAUUAAUACCUAAAACAACAUAAAUAGAAUCGAAAACAUUUUCCUAAUUCAACAAAUUUAAAACACGUGAUCCUUUAGCUUGAAAACUUUAAUCUCCACCUACUUUUAGAUUAUAUUAACGUAGCCACCAAGGCGUUCAACAUGAUCUCCCCAGUCGACUACAGCCAGUGCCAAUACACACCCACCUUCUCGGGAGCUGGUAAAUAA